CUUCCUGAUACGCAACAAAAAAAAGGAAAGUAAACCGAUGUAGUCUGGCAUCAGAGGCACUGAGAAGCUGCUGCAGGUUUGCUUGUUUGCGAUCCAUCUCUCUUCAAUAUGGCUCAAGGAACAAGAACACUGAGGUUCUACUCAAUGUUACUCGGUAACACCCUGGACAUCCAUGUACAGUUUUUAAGGCGGCUGAGGCAACGUCUUCAGCUUACUGAAGUGCACACAGGGGACAACUGUGAUGUCAUCAUUGCUUUUGUCCCGAUUGUGUCUCGGGCAGGGACGGACAUCGAAGCUGCUCUGCAGAAGAUCCCGAUAACGGAUAAGCAUAUUGUUCUUGUGGGGCUUUACUUCACUUUUGACGAGAAUUACGUCGCUCCAAAAAGCCAAUGGAACGUAAACAGGAGCAGUGUGUUUGCUGUGGAUUUGCUCUGUUAUGAAGACCUGGGAAUGCUCCGAUCCCUUCGCAAUGACCAGGCGCUGAAAGCCGUCACUGAUCAUCUGAUCUCAAAAGGAGCUUCACCCAAUACUCAGAUGGAAACAACCACAUCUGAGAGACCAUGUAGUCCUUUUGUAUUUGUCUGCAUCUGUAUCAUUUUUGUUAUCGCAGUAGCGAUAGCUGUUGGCUUUAGCAUUUACUUGAAGAAAUGGCAAAAUCACAUCACACCCACACCACAACCUAACAAUACCAUAAACACUGCACCUGUAAACAAAACAUAUUAUUGAUUUAGCUACAGUUCAAUUAUUGUAGAAACUGUUUCUGUCCAAAUGCUGUUUGAAUAAGUAUGGGUUUUUUUGCUUAUUUUUACACACCAUCCAUUAUCUUUAUAGCGAUGGUUAGAUUUAAUGUAAAUAAAAAAAUUAAAAGUUAAAGCAAAGAAAUGAGAAUGUUGUGACAGUGUCAGUUAUGGUUGUAGCUGUAUAUUAUGGUCUUUAUGUAUUCCUUUUCCCUUUUUUCUGUUGUUUGUUUGUUUUGCAAUAUUUCACACACUAAUCCUAACAUAAAAUGAGUGGUUUAUAUUUAUAUGCAUGUAAGUUCAACUGUAAAUGCUUAAUAAAUG